AACCUACGUAUUUUAAGUACCGAUAGACUCCUUCGACCGUUUUGAGAAAUGGGUUGCAAAAAUUUGGUACCAGGUACGUACACAUAGAUAGGUACAGGUACAGAUACUAGGUACACACGCACCCACCCAUCGUACGUACCAGUUGGAAGGCAAAUGAGGUGGUGACAGGUCCGGAGUCAGUACAAAUUGUACACGGCUCUACKGAGAGAACAAUACACCUCAUUUGCCUUMGCAACAUGAACCUGUCUCACUUUGAAAAAAAACAUUAAGUAUUUUUAUAUCGAAAUAUUUAGUAGUACUAAUUUGUACGUAGGUUUCUACACACCUUGUUAUACUGAGGGCUCUUAAGAAAAAACCACUUGGCCGAUCAUUCURAGAAUUCCGRAUCCMCUUCUUYGUAUUAUAAUGAAGUUAUUCCAGUACAUGUGUGGAGUGGAAGAGUCCCCAAUUGCUCUGUCUGGAGGGCGUGACAGCCCUCAUGCUGUUUUUUUUUUUUUACUAGAAAAACUGCGCGGUUUUAUUGUACUCAUAACCUAUUACGCAUUUUGUCCACACAUUUGCGUUCAUACUGGUACCGUACUGCAGCACACAGAAACCUACCCACGAAAAAAGUCGCGAGAUCCAUGUUUCGGUUCCCUAAACCCUAUUUUUGGCGCGAAAGCAAAGCAGGCACAAACGCUCGGAACCCAUUUUGCUUUUUCAACGUAUCGUACCGUAGUCUACACACGGUACGUACGUUCUGACCUCGCUCUCGUAGAACACUACGUACACGGCAAGCACAACAACGAAGAACCGUCUACGGUACCGUAGUACGGAUUGAAUUCUACUCGUAAUCGCGCUGCCGCACCCUAACGUUGGAACCGUACGGUGCGAUCGAUCCUUGCCCGGAAGCAUCGCGAUGCCAGUGCUUGUUCUCUGCCCAAUGCUUGCCGUCGCUGACACGAAUGCUAGCAGCAGUACUGUACGCACUGGUACGAGUAUUGUACGGUACGGUACGGCAUCGAACGGAACUCGUAGCGGGCUCCUCUUUUUCUUCUUCCGUGGACCCCUCCAGCGGCACCCUCGUUUCCGAAACAGCACCACCAAACGAAUCGCAUCCCGGCCCCACGGAGUCCGAGUCGAGCGUCGCACGACCGAGAAGGCAAGCAAGAAGGCGAGCUAGAACAGAAAAAGCAGCAAACAAGGAAGCAACAAAAGAAGGCAAGGCAAAAACAGAGACAAGGCAGGCAAGACAGAGACAAGGCAAGGGCAAUCGAUCCACCCCAUUUUAUCCGAUCCAAAACGAUUUUAUCCGAUCCGCUCCACCCUUUCGACCAUGGCGGACCCCGAGGCACCACGGCUUGUCCGGCAAGACCCGCCUCCCCCCGCGGAGAAGGAUGCGCGGGGAAGCAAGCGCCCCAGACCGGAGCCGGGCCCCUCGACCGCUGCACCGCCCGGGGAAAGUGUUCGCCCCGUCGUGACCCCCACGGCGGAAGGAUCGUCCCCGGACGCCGGGCCAUCCUCCCCGCCAUCGAAAGAAGCGCCGAAGCAGGGAUCUUCAGCGGAAACCGAAGAAGAGAUCCCGGACCUGGCAAGGACGCUGGGCCUGGAGGCCGGCGACGAGAUCGAGGUCCAGUGGGAGAUCCACAGGGACGAAGGCCAAGACCAAGACCACGGCGAAGACCAAGGCCGAGACGGGGGCGGGCCGGAGGUCUCCGUCCACUGGUGGAGGGCCACCCUUAUGGAAUACGACGGGAAGACCACCGACUCGGUGGCCGUCCGGACCCUCUGCUACGAGGCCCGGCCCGACCUGGGCUUUCCCGAGCCCAGCAAGGAGGACGUCGUCUUUCUGGGCCGGGACGUCCUGGCCGCCUCGACCGACGCCAACAGCGGGGACUGGGAGGCCAACCCGGGGGCCGUCCGAAGGAUGCCCUACCGCAGGGUCGGAAGCGGCAAGGCCAGCGCCAAGCCCGAGGAGGAGGUCUUUUACUACAACGACGACCAGCUGGACGACCAGCUCAACGACCUGCUCCUGGGGGCCCUCGAGAGGAACAAGGAGGCCUGGAGGGCCGUCCCGGCGGCGAGGCAGGCGGCGAUCGCGGAGGCCAUCAAGGAAAAAAAGGACAAGCUCAAGGCGAUCCUGCAGGCCGAGGCCAAGAAGCGGGACAACAAGGUCAUCACCUCGGAGACCAUCCGGGAGAUUCUGGCGAGGACCUUUUGAGGACCGGGAACGCCCGAAACGAACCAUUGCAAACCACCGGGCAACAUGACCGAGUCGUCGACAUGGGUACUGCAAACCUCUAGCUAGUAGUAUAACUAGUAGUAUGUCUAGUAAAAGCUAGUAGAAUAG